AUGGAGUGGUCAAUUUUCUAUGUUUUUUUUAACAAUGCAAAGAAGUUUCACAAAGAGCUUAUUCAUUGCACAGGCUUUGAUAUAGACACCCCAGAUGAAUUUGGCAGGACCUGUCUUCAUGCAGCUGCUGCUGGAGGAAAUCUGGAAUGUCUGAAUCUGUUGCUUAAUAGUGGAGCUGACUUCAACAAAAAAGAUAAAUUUGGACGGACCUCACUGCAUUAUGCUGCUGCGAACUGCAACUACCAGUGCCUGUUUGCUCUUGUGGGAUCUGGAGCCAGUGUAAACGACCUUGAUGAAAGAGGUUGCACGCCACUUCACUAUGCAGCAGCAUCAGAUACAGAUGGAAAGUGCCUGGAGUACCUGCUCCGAAAUGAUGCAAAUCCUGGAAUUCGAGAUAAACAGGGCUAUAAUGCAGUGCAUUAUGCAGCUGCUUAUGGGCACCGUUUAUGUCUUGAACUUAUUGCUAAUGAAACUCCUCUAGAUGUAUUGAUGGAAACUUCAGGUACAGACAUGCUGAAUGAUUCUGAUAACAAGGCACCCAUCAGUCCUUUGCAUUUGGCUGCUUACCAUGGACACCACCAGGCCCUAGAGGUACUGGUACAGUCUCUCUUAGAUUUGGAUGUGAGAAAUAAUAAUGGACGCACUCCGUUGGACCUGGCAGCUUUCAAAGGGCAUGUAGAGUGUGUGGACGUAUUAAUCAAUCAGGGAGCAUCCAUUCUUGUUAAAGAUUUUGUGACUAAAAGAACCCCAAUUCAUGCUGCAGGUAUUUGCAGAUUUUGUUAAAAUAUUGUGCGGAAU